AUGCCCAAAUCAAAGCGCCCCUCCCGCGAGGGCACCAGCUCCCCCAUGGGUCGAUUACUAGGCAUCCUGUGCAUCUUAACGGCCCUCUUCGCAUCACUGGUGUACCUCGCGGAGCAGAACCUGGGCAAGUUCUACAUCUUCGACCUGGACGAAUUACACGACUUGACCGAGAGGGGCCUCGCCAGGCACGGCAACGACACGCGCGCCGUGGUCAAGUACAUCGUGGACGACCUGCACAGGGCGCACGGCGUACACGUCAACCUGCAAGAGGACUGGGUGUUUAACAAUGCCGGCGGUGCCAUGGGCGCCAUGUACAUCAUCCACGCCAGGACGGCGAUUGGCACCGAGGGCCACACGGGGCGACACACAGCAGACGACUACUUUCACAUCUUGACGGGCGAGCAGUGGGCGUACGUGCCAGGCGAGUAUGAGCCCGAGGUGUAUCCCCCCGGGAGCGUGCACCACCUGCGCCGCGGGGAGGUGAAGCAGUACCGGAUGCCGGAUAAGUGCUUUGCGCUCGAGUACGCACGGGGAUGGAUCCCGCCCAUGCUGUUUUUUGGCUUUGCCGACGGCUUGUUCAGCACCUUGGACUAUCCGACGUUGUGGAAGACGACGCAUUUGACGGCUCGGCAGAUGGUCGGCAACUUGCUCCGGGGCAAAUUCUAG